AUGUCUGGAGACAACACGACCGCUUUACCUAAGGAGAAUGGACAUACCGUGCCGAGCACUGGUCAACCCAACUUUCCCCAUCCCACAGCGGGGAACAUACCCGAUGAUACCCCGCUGUCCUUAACGAGCGAGCUGACACAGACCUGGGUACACCUUGCUAAAACGUUUGUUCUCAUUUUCCCCAUUUACGCCCUGGGCUAUUUUGAGUUCAGUUUCAGUUGGCUGUUGAUCGGACUUGUUAUAUUUUUCUGGUGGAGGAGAAAUACAGGAGGGAAGCUCAGCCGACUAAGCCGAGCUCUCGCUUUCUUUGAGCAAGAGGAGAGAAACGUCAAGCAGAGUCUGACGACUUCUGAUUUACCACCAUGGGUCCACUUCCCAGACGUAGAGCGUGUGGAAUGGCUGAACAAGACAGUGAAACAGAUGUGGCCCUACAUCUGCCAAUUUGUGGAGAAACUGUUCCGCGAGACGAUCGAGCCAGCAGUGAAGGAGUCCAACUCCCACCUCAGCACCUUCUGCUUCAGUAAGAUCGACAUAGGAGACAAACCCCUGAGGGUCAACGGGGUCAAGGUUUAUACAGAGAAUGUAGAUAAGCGACAGAUCAUCAUGGACCUGCAGAUCAGCUUUGUGGGCAACACUGAGAUUGAUGUUGACAUCAAACGCUACUACUGCAAAGCUGGCAUUAAGAGCAUCCAGAUGCACGGCGUGUUGAGAGUGGUGAUGGAGCCGUUGCUGGGUGACAUGCCUCUUGUUGGAGCACUGUCUGUGUUCUUUCUCAAGAAACCACUUCUGGACAUAAACUGGACGGGCCUCACCAAUAUACUUGACAUUCCUGGGCUCAAUGGCUUCUCUGACAGUCUGAUUCAAGACGUUAUCUACAGUAAUCUGGUUUUACCCAAUCGUAUCACCAUCCCACUGGUGGGGGAUGUGGAAAUGGCCAAGCUACGCUUUCCCAUGCCAAAGGGAGUUCUGAGGAUUCACUUCUUGGAAGCUCAGGACCUGGAAGGGAAAGAUAAAUUUCUGGGAGGGCUGAUCAAGGGGAAGUCUGACCCAUAUGGAGUCUUGCAGAUUGGCAACCAGUUGUUCCAGAGCAAGACGAUCAAGGCGAGCCUCCAUCCCAAAUGGAAUGAAGUUUAUGAGGCGCUGGUGUAUGAGCACUCAGGCCAACAUCUUGAGAUUGAGCUGUUUGAUGAGGAUCCGGACAAAGAUGAUUUCCUGGGAAGCCUGAUGAUCGAUAUGACUGAGCUGCACAAAGAACAGAAGGUUGAUGAGUGGUUUGAUCUGGAAGAAGCCCCUACAGGGAAACUUCACUUAAAACUGGAGUGGCUCUCGCUGCUCUCCACUCCUGAGAAGUUGGACCAGGUGCUGCGAAGUGUGCGUGCAGACAGAAGCCUGGCUAACGAUGGGUUAUCGUCAGCACUGCUUGUGGUCUAUCUGGACUCAGCAAAGAACCUGCCAAGCAACCUGUCAGAUUUCACCUAUGAUGGGUUGAAGCAAGUCUCAGUCUUUAAGGCCCUGAAGUCUGCAAAGAAGAGUAGCAGCGAACCCAGUCCUUACGUACAGUUGACUGUUGGACACAAAACACAGGAGAGCAAGAUCCGGUACAAGACCAAGGAGCCUCUGUGGGAAGAUUGUUUCUCAUUCCUCGUUCACAAUCCCAGGAGGCAGGAGAUCGAGGUGGAGGUAAAAGAUGACAAGCACAAAUGCACCCUGGGUAAUCUGACGGUGCCUUUGAGUGGCCUGUUGGUGGAGGAGGACAUGACGCUGACUCAGUGCUUUCCUCUCAGGAACUCUGGGCCCAGCUCCACCAUCAAACUUAAGAUGGCCCUGAGGAUCCUUUCCCUGGAGAAGCAGGUAUCCUCAGACCAGCCCUCCUCUGUCCGGGUCAGGAAGUCCAGCUUACCACAGCCAAACACAGCCCCCUCUCAGAGACGAUCAGUCUCAGAUUCCCCACUUGCUCCACCAACGCCUCCGCCGCCUAUAGACGCCUCCACCUUCACCCUCCAACAAAGGGACGGCGAGCCUUACUCAGCCAGUCCCCUCCGCAGUACCUCCAACCUGAGCAUCUCCAUGUCCAGCUCCCAGAAACACCUGCCUCAUAAGGAGUCCACACCGAGCCUGGCAUCGGAUAUUUCCCUGCCCUUCGCUACCUUGGAACUUCAACAAAGGCUUCGUCAGCUACAGAAUGGCUCGGCCCCCAGCCAGUACCCUCUGGGUGAGGUCCAGCUGACGGUUCGACACAGCUGCCAGAGGAACAAACUCAUCGUGGUGGUGCACGCUUGCCGUAACUUGAUAGCCUUCACCAAAGACGGUUCAGAUCCCUUCAUUCGCCUCUAUCUGCUGCCUGACAAGAGCCGGACGGGGAGGAGGAAGACCAGCACAAUGAAGAGGACCCUUAACCCCAUUUUUGAUCAAACGUUUGAGUUCAGUGUAUCCAUGGUGGAGCUCCACAGGAGAACUCUGGAUGUAGCAGUGAAGAACGGAGGGAGCAUCCUGUCCAAACACAAAGGGCUCUUGGGAAAGGUGCUGGUAGAUUUAAGUGGGGAGGACAUAUCAAAGGGAUGGACACAAUGGUAUGAUCUGAGCGAAGAUGGUUUGUCGUCUCAAGGCAUAAAAAGUAUUCAAGACCCCCUGCUUUAAUCUAUCUUGUUAGUAUAAGGGCACAUUAUUUUGUUGUAUUUAGUUUACAGUAUCUAUUUCAGCAGGCAAGAAGUUUUUCAAACUUUUCCAGUCAUUAUUUCACUAAUGAUCAUGAUUGGAAAAUAUUGUGACAUAUUGUAAUUGACUGAAACACACUAACUGCCUUGUCUCUGCUUUCACUGUUUUAUGUAAAUACUGAGUUGCUAAUAUACAGCUAAAAGAAUUUACAGGGGUUUUCAAGGGGUUUUAUUUAAUUGAGAAAAAUUAUAUAUAAAUUAUAUGAAUCUGUCACAGUUGUACUUGAUUUCUGUUAAAAUGUGUCAAAUUCUGUUUUGUUCGCUGAGAAAACUCUUUACCAAAGGAACAGAUGCAAUCACAAAAGUAAGCAUAAGUAGCAGGCUUGACUUUGCUAUGUUUUUGUCAUGCAGUGUUUUGAUUUGAUCGUUUACCUCUUAUUGUUCUCGAUGCUUGACUGCAAAUGUGGAAUGCACAUAUGCAAAGGUGAAAUGAUUGUUCUGUGUAUUUUAAGAGGACUUUGUGCAAUAGUGGAUGUUCUGAACAUUGUGUCAGAUAUUGAGGACCUUGAGGCAUUUAGGGCUACGAACAAAAGCUGUAUGGUAUGAACAACGCAGAGGAUACUUGAAUCAUGGUUUGAUUGUUCAAACCAAAAGCGAGUCCAACAAGCUGAAUGAUAUGAGCAAAGACAACGAUUAUUGCAUUUUAUGAGCAGGGCUGCCAAAAUUUGUUUUUAAGAUGACACAGCUAUGUCAGAGGCUUGUAUAUGUUUUGCCAUGUGAUCAGAACUGUUUAUUGGAGCGUUUCUAAACUCUUUUCUUGUUAUCUAUCCUGUGCCUUAAAAAAAUAUUAAUUUUUGUCUUCUUUAUGUUAUUAUUUUUUGAAUGAUGUGACGUCUCAUGGGUUUUGAAAAAUAAAUUAUUUCUCUCAUGCAAA